AUGGUCCAAUCCUCCGUUCUGGGCUUCCCCCGUAUGGGUCGGGUCCGUGACCUGAAGAAGGCCACUGAGGCUUACUGGGGCGGCAAGAUCUCCCGCGAUGAUCUGCUUGCUGAGGGCAAGCGCCUCCGUGCUGAGCACUGGGGUCUGAUCAAGAAGGCUGGUGUCGACUCUGUUCCUAGCAACGACUUCGCUUUCUACGAUCAGGUUCUUGACCACAUCCAGCUCUUCGGCGUUGUGCCCGAACGGUACAGCAAGUACAAGCUUCACCCUCUCGAUGAGUACUUUGCCAUGGGCCGUGGUCUCCAGAAGGAGGGAGUCGAUGUCCCCGCUCUGGAGAUGGUCAAGUGGUUUGACUCCAACUACCACUACGUCAAGCCUACCCUGCAGGACAACCAGGUUUUCACUCUCUCUGCUGAGCCCAAGCCUGUCGUUGAGUUCCUCGAGGCCAAGGCCCAGGGUAUCACCACCCGCCCCGUCAUUCUGGGUCCCGUCUCCUUCCUCGUUCUUGGCAAGGCCGACCGUGGCCAGUCUGUCGACCCCAUUGACAAGCUGAACGAUCUCCUGCCUCUCUAUGUUGAGCUUCUGUCCAAGCUGAAGGCCGCUGGUGCCGAGGAUGUCCAGAUUGAUGAGCCCGUCCUGGUCUUCGACCUUGCCCCCAAGGCCAAGGCCGCCUUCAAGCCUGCCUACGAGGUCCUGAGCAACUUGGGUGACAAGGCUCCCCGCCUGACCCUCGCCACCUACUUUGGUGACAUUGUCCACAACAUCGAUGUCCUCUCUUCCCUCCAGAACCUCCACGCCAUCCACAUCGACCUUGUCCGCAACCCGGAGCAGCUCGACACCGUUGUUGCUGCCCUCGGCCCCAAGCAGAUCCUGUCCGCUGGUGUUGUCGACGGCCGUAACAUCUGGAAGACCAACUUCAAGACCGCCAUCGAGAAGGUUGAGGCCGCUAUCCAGAAGCUGGGCAAGGACCGUGUUGUCGUUGCCACCUCCAGCUCUCUCCUGCACGUUCCCCACACCCUGGAGAGCGAGAAGAAGCUCGAUCCCGAGAUCCGUGACUGGUUCAGCUUCGCUGUUGAGAAGCUCACUGAGGUUGCUGUCGUCGCCAAGGCCGUCACUGAGGGCCCUGCCUCCGUCAGCGCCGAGCUUGAGGCUAACGCCAAGUCGAUGCACUCCCGUGCCACCUCUCCCCGCACUAACGACCCUGCUGUCAAGGCUCGCCAGGCUGCCGUCACCCCCGAGAUGCACAACCGCAAGUCUCCUUUCCCCGUCCGUAUUGCGGAACAGACCAAGACCAUCAAGCUCCCUCUCUUCCCCACCACCACCAUUGGCAGCUUCCCCCAGACCGCGAACAUUCGCGUUACCCGUAACAAGUUCACUAAGGGCGAGAUCACCGCUGAGGAAUACGAGAAGUUCAUUGAGAAGGAGAUCCAGGAGGUUGUUAAGAUCCAGGAAGAGCUUGAUCUCGACGUCCUUGUUCACGGUGAAAGCGAGAGAAACGACAUGGUUCAAUACUUUGGAGAGCGCCUCAACGGCUACGCCUUCACCACUAUGGCUUGGGUCCAGAGUUACGGCUCCCGCUGUGUCCGCCCUCCUAUCGUGGUCGGUGACGUGUCUCGCCCCGCUCCUAUGACCGUCAAGGAGUCCAAGUACGCUGUUUCGAUCUCCAAGAAGCCCAUGAAGGGCAUGCUUACUGGCCCUAUCACCUGCCUGCGGUGGUCCUUCCCUCGUGACGAUGUCCACCAGUCUGUCCAGGCUCAGCAGCUCGCUCUCGCUCUCCGCGACGAGGUUGCUGACCUCGAGGCUGCUGGCGUUGCUGUCAUCCAGGUCGAUGAGCCUGCUCUCCGUGAGGGUCUGCCCCUCCGUAAGGGUUCUGAGCGCGAUGCCUACUUGAAGUGGGCCGUCGAUGCCUUCAAGCUGUCCACUGCCGUGGCCCGUGACGACACUCAGAUCCACUCCCACUUCUGCUACUCUGAGUUCCAGGACUUCUUCCACGCCAUUGCCGCUCUUGACACCGACGUCCUGUCCAUCGAGAACAGCAAGUCCGAUGCCAAGCUCCUCAAGGUCUUCAUCGACGAGGCUUUCGCUGCUCAGAUCGGCCCUGGCGUGUACGACAUUCACUCCCCCCGUGUCCCCAGCGAGCAGGAGAUCAAGGACCGCAUCGAGGAGAUGCUGCAGUACCUCCGCCCUGAUCAACUCUGGGUCAACCCUGACUGUGGUCUCAAGACUCGCCAGUGGCCUGAGACCAAGGCCGCCCUUACUGGGAUGGUUGCGGCUGCCAAGUACUACCGCCAGAAGUACGCUCAGUAA